AUGUCGAAUACUUUCAUCUCCCCGCAGACACUGAAGCUCCUGGUGGAUUCCAAGGUGGAGUCGCGGCAAAAAGGGGCUCGGGAUGUGGCGUCAAAGGCUGCUGCUGUAUUUGCAAAAAAUCCCCCAGCGGAAGCAUAUAACAUUAUUAUGCAUGAACUGCGUGAGGCGGAAGUGGCUCUUCUCAGCGUUACUUCCGCGACGUAUCGCAGAGGCGGUCUUAGCGCCGUGCGGGCCAUUGUGGGUUCCCUACCUCUACGAACUCAUCCUCAUGAGGUGGUGUCGUUGAUUUCAUCUAUGGUUUUUGAGAGUGUUACGGACGUUGAUGCAACGGUGCGACUGGCGGCCCUUGAGGCGGCGCAUGCGAUUGUCCGUCAACUUCAGACUCAGUUGUUGGAGGUGUGUUUCAUGCAGGUGUUUUGGGGGCUCGCUUCCUGUAUAAACGACCAGGAUGGACGUGUGGCGCUGCUGGCUGGAGAGGUGUCGUUGUCCCUUCGCGAGGUCGUUACGGGCAAGGAGUCGUUCAAGCUGCCAACCGACCUCUUCGUCACGUUCAUCACGGAGGUGCUGGCACCGUACAGCAGCACAACACGCAAGGAACAGGUUCUCGAUGUAUCCCUUUUGAAUUGGUGCUUCGAGUGGAUUAGUCACGUGCUUGACCUCCCCGGUGAUGAACUGAUCCUCCUUCUUUGGAGAUUUCUGAAGCCGUUGUUAAUUCUUUCCGGCAGAUGCGGGGGAGGGGAGGCGGCGCGGCUACUACAAAAGUGUCUUCGCGACACAAGGGAUGCCUUUUUGCGACACAUGAAUAUUCAACUGGAUAGUUUGCUCUCGAUAGCUGCUGAAUGCGUGGAGGAAGCCGAGGUGGCACUGAUACGGAAGAACGCAUUGGAGUGGAUGCUCGAACUGUUGAACUUUGGCACAGACAAGCUGGUCCAUCUCAUUCACAGGGCCGUCGCGGCGUCCUUGUUGCAGUUGGGCUCCAAGGAUCUUGAGACGCGAUUGGCGGCCCAAAAUGUCAACCACAGACUCAUGCAGCUUGUCGCUUCGAAGCACAUUGGUAUGAAGACUGUCCCGUACGACGCCGUACUGCGAGGUGUGGUCACACAACUCACUGGCCGAGGGAAUGAGGAGUCGCGUGUGGCUGCUCUGGAGUGGAUAGCGCUCGUGUUUCACAAGGACUCGGCUGUCGUGGAACGUAAUUUUACAGAGACGUUUGAAACUCUUCUAAUUCUGCUGUGCGACCAGUCGGCUCACGUGGUUCACAAGUCUAUCGAGACGCUGUGCUUCAUUUCUGGUGAUCGCUACUUUGACUUCUUUGUUUCGCGACUCGUGGACUUGUUUCACGCAAAGGCGGACGUACUGCUGCCAAAGGCGCCGACAAUUAUCAAACAACUGCAGUUGCAAUAUCAGGGUGAGGACCUGGGACAGUGUGAGAAGUUAUGCCUAAAGCUUUCUGCGGUGCUUUCGGCCUAUGAAGACAAACGCUUUCUUGAGAAGGUUGUCAUCACGCUGAAUACGAUGGUACUGACAUCACGAGAGUUUCUCCCUCUUCGUGAAAUACUGAAUCGUGGAGUGGAGGAUGAGCGGGCUCGAACAACUUUUGUUGGGAUGUAUCCGUGUUGGCGGUACAACACUGUAGCGGCUCUUUCACUUUGCCUGCUUUCGCGUGCGUAUGGGCACGCCUUCCAGUUGAUUCAAUUUAUGGGCAGUCUGGAGAUGUCUGCGGCGGCACUUUUGCAGCUGGAACGUCUUGUGCGGCUUAUAGAGUCUCCUAUAUUUGGUUACAUUCGGAUGUCGUUAAUGGAGCCCUCAAGGUGCUUACCGCUGGUUCGGACUCUCUUCUCUAUGCAGCUCAUUUUACCGCAGGGAUCCCCACAACAGUCCUUGCUCUAUCGUCGACUAAAGGUAAUUCCAAGCCUCGUCACACUUGAGCGUGAGUCGCAGGCGCAUGAGGCAAGUAAGGAAGAAUGUCCCGUUGACUGGAGUCAACUGCUGCAGCUGAGCAAGGAGGCACAGCGAUGCGUCUCCGACUUUGAACGAAAGCUUGUUCUUCAGCGGCUGAGGGACACAAGCUUGCCAUGA